GAGAGCGUCUUAUUACUCGUCAUCCUUCACACUUCACACUUCACAUCCUUGCGGGCCUACCUUGUGGGGAGCCAGAGCUAAGUGCUAGUUUACGCCUAUCUGAUCUAGGCUAUUAUUUUAUAGCACUCCGACCUGUUUGCUGCACUGUUAUCACAUAAAUAUACCAAAAGGACGAAGAAACUCAACUGGAAUUCUUUCAUCUUACAAAAGUCUCACAAUGGCGCACAGAAGCAAAGCAAUGGAUGAUUUCUUUGCUAAUAUGCCAAAUCCCGACGCUAUGUUUCAGUCUUGGUGGCCUUUUUUGAUAGCAGGCGGGGCAGGCACAUUGUAUGGUUUUAGGCAGUGGAUCCGAGGCCCCAAAUGUAUCGGCGGAGCAAAGUUGCAUAAUAAGACUGUCAUCAUCACCGGAGCAAAUGGUGGUAUUGGUAGAGAAAUAGCAAUGAACUUGGCCAAUCGAGGUGGCAAGAUAGUUUUAGCUUGUAGAAAUGAAACGGAGGGAAAAAAGACUGCAGAAGAGAUCCGAAAAGAGACCGAGAACAUGGAUGUCUACUUUAUGAAGCUUGAUCUCAACUCUUUCCAGUCUGUCAGGGACUUUGUUUCCAGAUUUAAAAAGAAGGAGAAAGAGCUUCAUAUUCUGAUAAAUAAUGCUGGUGUCAUGAUGUGCCCACAAGAGACAACAGAGGAUGGAUUUGAUGUUCAAUUUCAGACGAAUUACCUGGGUCAUUUUUUGCUGACAGAGCUGCUGUUAGAUAUGUUGAAAGAGUCUGCUCCAAGUCGCAUUAUUAAUGUCACAGCUUCAGCACAAAAUCUAGGAGACAUAGACUUCGAGGAUAUAAACAGGGAGCAAAAGGGCUACUCUCCAGGAGAGGCUUAUGCUCAGAGUAAAAUGGCUGUUGCGUUGCACACUUUCCAGCUGGCAAAGAGAUUAAAAGACACCAAAGUGACUUGCAAUGUGGUAAAUCCUGGAAUCUGUAACACGGAUGUUUACAGGCAUUUGCCACUGAAGUCUAAGAAAUUUAUCCGAAUCAGCUUUGGUCCCUUUGUGUGGAUGCUCAUGAAAUAUGCAGAGGAUGGUGCACAGAUGGCUAUCUACUGUGCCACUACAGACGAGGUGGCCGAAGUCAGUGGAAAAUAUUUCAAAGAGUGUAAAGAAGCAGAAAUUGAUGGAAAAUGUAUUGACCCUAUGCUGCAAGAACAGCUUUAUCAAGCCUCUCUCAAGUGGAUCAAAGGUGCUACACAAGCUGUCGAAGAUGGUGCUGCUGGCGGGGAAAAGGAGAAAGAAAAGAAAGCACAGAAGAAAGAACCUAAAAGUGACUCAAAAAUGGAACGGGUUGGAAUUUAAUUGUGAACAUAGGUGCAGUUACAUCACUGUAUAAUCAAGUGUAGUAUGUCAGCUAUGGAUUGGUAUGCUGUUUCAAGGAGCAAAAGUAUGGUCUGCCUGCUUUUUUUACCGCCUUUUGGUGAUAUUACUUGCUUACCUAUCUUAGGUUUGUUUGUUUUUCUUGUCUUUUAAUGGUUGUGCAUAGUUUUUUUUACUGACUUCAAGGGCUUAGAGUGCAGUGUAUGUGAAGACAGGAUUUGUGUGUGAUUGAGUUUAUUUCUUGCAAGCUGCACAUUGCUGAUAUUGUAUAGAAAUUUCCUUACUUAUGGUUUUUGCAAUCAUAAUUAUUUGUCUGGUAUUGUCGACGUCCACUCUGUUAUAGUUGUAAGUCAUACUGUUGCUCCAAUUUGCCUUGGUAUAACAGCCGUCUGCAUAGUAGAAGGUAGGCUUGCUAAGAUACACCUGUACUACUUUUAACCUGUGGUCAUAUAGAGAUGCAUUAUAAUGAUUCUGUCUCUGAUGAAAGUUACAAAAAUGUGUUUUUAUAUUUAAACAAAUGGUAGUAAUUACCUUUCGGUUUUUGUCUCAGAUCUUACUCAAUUUUGGCCUUUACCUAGUCAUGUACUACUUAAUUUAUGUAAGCUAUCUGUUUCUUUUAGUACCAAGAUUAUUGUUGUGUUUUGUGUGUUGGGUAGAAAGCUCAAAAGGAACAAAAGAGAAGUAAAAAAAUUGUUAAGCUACAGUUUUUUAACUCUGUAGAUUUAUAUAAAUUGAAAAUAUAUAUUUUUUUAACCACAUUCAUUUUUUAAAAAAAAAGAAGCUGUCUGAUCAGUGGUUAGUGACAGCUUUCAGGUGAUAUUAAAUGUGCCUCAUAUACUUGCCCUUUGUCAGAUUCUGUGUUUAACCCCUUUAUUGCGAGGGGGUGUGUGUUCAUACUAUCGACAUUGAUUUUCAUUUAAGCUCAUUAGCCAGGAAAGUAGUCCCAUUAUCUCAGUGUCAUUGAACCCAUCGUCUAGAUCUGGCCCACUCCUGACAUAUUCGGACCCUGGAUCUUUGAUAUUGCCACUUUCCUCGUUUUUCUCAUUCCCCAUCUUACCCUCAAGUUCAAACAACUUGCAAAUGUAAGUCAAGAACUGAAAUUUGAUGCCUUUUUCCAGUCAUUCUAGUGUUCACAUUUUGCAAGAAUACGCUUUUGCCAGCAAGACUAGACUUGUGCUAAUCGAUCGCUUGCAAGUCUAGUAGAAAAGCAGAUUUCGCAAGUUUGGUACCAAUAUGCACAUUUUUAAACUCCCGUAUACAAAUCCAGGCAGUGCUUGUGGUAAAAUCUCCAUACAGAAAAAUUAGAGCCAGAUGAUUAGCAGGAUGUACAUGUAACAUCUUAGGCAACCAGGAACAGAAGAAUUUGCAGACUUUCAUUACGUCCAUGGUACAGCACAAAACUAAAAAUUGUGCAUUUUCAUGAUGUGAGCCUACCUUGUAUGACAUGAGGCAACAAUGGGGUUAACCUUAAUAUUAAUUUUCUUCUGUGGUUGUGCUUGGUAGUGCUUGUUAUUGGUGGAGGGGGGUUCUUUCGCUUUAAUAAAAAUUCCCCCUCCCCUCUGAAACUGCUUUAAUACAUACUGGCCAUCAAUUGGGCAAACACUUUUACCAACACACACGCCUCUUAUGUUUGGUACCUGUAUGUGUUUGCGUAUAAUUAUUCCUUAUUUUUUAAAUUAACAUUACGCAGUCAGUCAUCCCUAGUGUUAGUGUUCUUUUGAGUCCUGAAUGAUUUAAGGCAUAAAUAAGAUAUUUAGUUUUAAUUGUUCAUUUUAUAUGCUUUUUAAUUUCAGCAUAAUGUUAAUGAAGAAUGUAGCCCCCCACUUUGUUAAAGUCAGGUUUUGUCAGAAUAAAGCUUUUGAGGAUAUUUGUAGUAGAUAUUAAUUUCAUUGUCUUACACUUAAAGAGGGAAUUCUGUUAUCAAAAAUAAUAUUUUAUAUGUCUUUAGCAAAUAGUUGAAUUAGUAUGCUAUUGAAAAGGUAAGUGAUGAGACUGUACUGUAUAGAGUAAGCACACUCAUGAUCUAGUGCCUUUCUCCUCAAGAUCUGCUCUGAACUUCAUUCACAUGCAUUUGAUGUGUUACUGCUUGGGUCAGCUAAUUUGUCAUUUGUGAUGAAAGUGAAAGUUAUGGGUUUGUUUGUUUCUUACUGUUUCAUUUUAGCUUUCUCAGCUUACCUUUAUAUUAAUAAUAGUUCUUUGAUGUGGACUUGCCAUUUGUUUUGAUUGUGGACUAUGAAAUUAUUUUGAUGGUAUGGGUUGUUUUACAGCUCUGGUUUAGUAGUGUCUAUGUUUGUUAACUCUGCUUCUUCAUGGUUUUUAAAUCACUUGAUAAAUGUGUCGCAAUGGAUGGGUUCACUGGGCUAUUUUCAGAGAGAUGCAGAGUUAACCGUCUUUUACAAGUGUAGAAGAGGUGUCAGCUUUUGUUCAAGUUAUUUUUCUUUCCUUGAUUGAAUGCAACCUUUCCUUCAUUUCUGUUUUGGCAUUCAUGUAAUCUAUGCCCAAUACAUUUCACGUACAAUUUGUUAACUCCUCAUCCAUGUGCAUAUGUGUAGCUCAAAGAUUAAAGAUAACCGUGACAAUGCUUUGCAUUAGAUAUUUCCGUGCAGUUAGUUUCUCUGUGAUGAUGAAUUUCAUUGUAAGUUAUGCUUAAUUUCAAUCAUGAUCAAUGACUGAGAUUGUGUGUCAUUUUUGUUUAUGCAAAUAUUCCAAGACGUAAAUGAUAAUCUUUUUUUUUUUCAUUAUAUGUUAGCCUGAUUUUCUUCAUAUGCAAAUUGUUUGUUGUGAUCAUAUCAGAUGUGUUUAUGUUUGUCCUUUUUUUUUUCUGAGUUAUAACAAAGUGUUGUUUGUUAGAUGUUAUUGUUGUUUCCUAGCAAAGCAAUAUAUGCCUAUUGUAUACAGAUUACCAUAAUGUCUUGACUUAUACAUGGUAGUUAUUUCCAGUGUUAAUCAGAAUUCUUUGUUUUUGUCUAAAACCAGUUCUUGCUUUCUUAAGUUAAAAACAUUAUACAUUUAAGGAUCUUCAGCAGUGAAUAAUGAGGAAAAUUACAGUAUGCAUUUUUUUUUUAAACUGUUUUUUUUAAAGUUGCUGGUGAUCUAAAUAUGAAUGGUUGUCUAUAAAUUAGUGAGUGUGUUUGCAUAAGAACAGCUCUUAUAUGUUUUUGUAAUUUCUAAUAAUAAUAGAAUGACUUGUUUUUUCCUCUUGGAUCACGGCUAAACUCUGGGGGGUUUUUUGCAUCUAACAUUGAUCUCCUGCUCCUUACCAUUCUUAUUUAAUUAAUGCUCAAAUGUUAACAUGUAGUCGACUUAUCUCUAAAAAUUCUGUAUUUGAUUAAGAGGAAGCGCCACUCAUUGCACGCUCAAACAGGGAUUGUUCAUGAGGAAGUAUUUUUUAAAAAUUUAACUCAUGUAUAGGAUCAUCCUAUUUUGUCUCUUUCUUGACUGUAAAUUGAGUUGAUCAUGCAGUCAUGUAUUUUAAGUAUGUAUAUAAAAGUUUUUCUCAAAGGUGGUAUAGGUCCAGUAUAAUAGUUUUGUAUGUUAUCCUUUUUAUCAAAUAGAAUAGAAAAUUUUAGUUCAACUGUAACCAAGAACUGAAAAUGUGUAUUUGGACACUUAAACAAUUUAAUCAGAGACCUUUUCUAAAAAUACUUUCAGCACAAAAAGGUUGGAAUUGCACAAGCACCUGGGGGAAAAUUGAGGAAAGGGGGUUUGUUUUUUGUUUUUUCAUUUCUAAGAUUCAUGUAUAAUUUAUGUCUUCAUUUGCUUCUCUUGGAAUUCUUGUUCAGUUUCUUUUUUUCUAAAUUUAUUUCCUGAUAAACAUUUCAUUUUGUCUUAUUGACUAUUUUGCAGACGUGCAAGAAGACUGGAAGAACAUUCCAAAUAUGAAUGAGAUUCUUUUUUAAAUCUUACUUAAGAUCUGUUGACCUGUGAUAGUGAUAGGCCCAUUUUUCUAAUGUUCAUGACAAUUCUUAAAACUAGGUUUUUCUUUGUUCGUGUGCUUACUUCAUGCAUUAGUUACAUCCCCGAUUGAUUGAGGGUUAUUUCAGAUGUGUUUCAAUAUCCUUUUAAAAGGGCAAAAUCUCAAUGGUACUGUGAUCAAUGCAUGUCUUCAUUGACAUGUAUUAAAUUAUUGUCUUCCAUUUAGUCUGUCUGUCUUUAAGUUUGCUUAACAGUCAAAAUGCGAGUUUUGAAGAAAUUCAUGUUUGUUAUACUGUGUGAAGAAAAGGGAUUCAUUCACUUCAUUUGAAGAAUGUGCUUUAAAAGGUAAGUUAUAACAAAACCCCUCUGCCAAGUCCCAGUUACUUGCUCAUGUUCUGAAGGAACCAUCAUCUUCUUUGUACAUGUACACAUAUUUUGUUAUGGCAGUGUGUUUGAUGUCCCUGGUAUUUAAAAUUAAAUGUGCUGCAUGCUGUAAGUAUUGAACAUUCAUCUCAUUGCUCAUAGGGUUAUUUGCAUUUAGGUUUUCUUGCGUGGCUGGGGUAUGAAAAGAAGAAAAGUGAAAAUUACCAGUAUUUUGGUUCAGUUGUUGUUCAGGUAUGCAGGACAUCUCAUCCAGUGUAUGUUCCUGCUACCUUUUAAAGAUGAGUUUGUUCCAGUUCAACGGUGUCUAUAUUUUUUUAGUAAAGGGAAAUUUUUAUAUAUAAUAUUAAAUAAUAGUAAUGAAUUUCCCAGCCCUCCGAGAAAGCCAGGCAAUACUAUUACUAUUUAUUGCAACAGAUAUGUUAUUUUUAGUUGUGCCGGGGAAACAGAGCUUUGAUUAGGAUGCAAAACGGAAGAUAAAUUACUUUCAGUUACCUGUAUUAGUUCAUUAUGAGGUGUUGGAUUGAAUUCAAGGACAAGCUUCACAGAUGGAGAGAAUUACUGAAAGUUAAAAAAGUAUUCUAAAUUGUUGGGGGGGGGGGGGGGGAACAUUUAUGAAAGAGGCAUGGGGGAACAUGGUGUACAGUAUGCUAUAAGACUGUUCUCAGUCCCACGGCCAGAAGAUUAUUGAAUUUGGCUUAAUAGUGAUGUAUUCCCGACUUUCGAAAGCAAUGCCUGUGUAAAGAUGUGUCUUGUGAUAUUUUAAAACUUUUGGAGCGAAUGGUAUUGGUACUACUUGUACGUAUACAUUACAAUUUGAAGUCUGCGCAAUCUCCAUGUUGGGAAUAUAUUAUAUGCACUUUUCUGAGCCAGUUCACCACCCACUGCGCUCAGGAAGUGGGGUUGUGUGUGUCUUAGCCAUUGAGGGCAUGUUUUGUAAUAUUUAUGUAUUGACAACAUUAGGCGGCUGUUAGUUACUAACAGCCGCCUAAUAGUUGGAGGGGGGAGAGCGCAAAAGGGGAGACUCAUCUGUGAGAAAUGAUGAAACAGCCUAAAACUCCAUCACGAUAAUCAAAUCUGUUGGAAUUUUUUGGUGUUUGUUAAGGGAAGUUGCAAUGCAUAAAAUAAAGAGGGCACCAGAAAAAAAAACAGGGGAUUUGAAAUUCUUUCAUGUUAAAGUGUAGUAUUAGUAUUAUAUUUCAUGUGCCAACCACCUCGUGUUUUCUUCAAUCAAAAGAACAACAAUGAAGUCACCACUUCACCCUUUUUUUUAUACAAGUGACUGACAAAUGACUGCACAAGAACCGGAUGUACGUUUUAAAUCGAAAUGGUCUUUACUGAAAAAGAAAUUUCAUUCCUAUCCCCUGUAAAGGAUAGACAUGGUAGGCUUACAUGUGUUGGUGUUAUCCCAGGUGUUUAUAUAUUUCUGUGUGAGUGUAUCCUGUAUCUUAGCAUCGUACUGAGGGAUAUAUAAAUCUAUAGAUAUAAGCGUUGAAUAUGAAUGAUAUAUAUGUGCUGUUUCAACUACAUGUACUUGGCCAUUCCAAACACUGAUGACAUCAAUCAGAUGAACAUGUUUACAGUGGAGUCCACUUAUAACGAGUCCUGAAACAACGAGAAGUCUGUUAUAAAGACACCAUUCUAAAACCCAGUUUUUUUCCCUUCUUUACCUUAGUAAAAAAAAUACUGCUAUAGCGCAAUCAGACAAACACGGGAGUCGGUUAUAGCAGAAUAUUGCUGCUGCUUUGCACAGCGCACAGGCCAGUUAUACAUAUAAACCUCGCCAGUGAUCUAGCGAAACCUAGGACCUUACACCAACUCCUUGAACGAAACAAAGAAUAGGAGAGCCCACGUUUGCCAACAAUGAAGGCCGGAGCGAAUGAGUGGGGAGGGUGUGGUAAGCGCAGACAAGCAGAACGCAUCGUGUGAUAGGCCAGCCUAGUCUAGAUUAUCUAGGCCUACCACUACGGUGACUACCCAUGCCCUCACUUCUCCGAAGCGUGGAUGGAGAGGUCACAAUGCUGUGAUGGAUGGAGUGCUGUGUAGUAACGUGCGCAAGCAGACGAAACACACCCCGGGGUGCGGUGGGGUGGAGGACAACGCAGCGGGCGAGUUAGCCCAGAGCGCAUUCUUUCUGAUCGCCAACGUAGUGCUGUCAACAUCGCUAGCGCUUGAGAAAGAAACCCGAUUCGAUUUUUGAUCAAGUAAGACCUAACUAGAGGUCAUGUAGAACGUCAUCAUCAGGGGAGAUAACAAAAAGAAAUAAACAACACCAAACUCCUAGAUUAGGCCUACUUUAUUAUUUCCAUUGAAUUUAUUACUGGAUUCCUCAUAACGAGAAUCCUGGUAUAACGGACAUUUCGCACCGGUCCCCUCCCUCUCAUUAUAACAGGAUUCCACUGUAUUUAGUUUUGCUAAUUUCUUUGCAUCUGCAGAGCAAAAAGAUUGCUGCUGGUAAUGUUCUUCCAUUGUAAGAGGGAAAACAAUUUUUAAUAGGGUCUCAUCAGCUCAUUGACUCAUUGGUAUGUGUUCAGGGUAAUGGAUGAUGCUGUACAUGUACUCCAAUCAUGAAUUGGAACCCAGUUUUGGGCCAGUUGUUUGUUUGAACAUCAUAUCAGAAGAUCAGUCUACUGCCUUUGAAAUUAAAUGAGGCAAAGUGAAUUCAUAAGUGUAACUUGGACUAGGACUCGCUCAUACUCUUUCCAAAAACAUAUAAGCUAUCUUAUACCUUGUAACAUACAUGAUGAAGUGCAAAAAUGUCAGCACCUCAAUCUGACCUUAUAUUUGGGAGCGUAUAAGCAAUGUUUUUUAUAACAAUAUUAUAUCAUUAUUACAUGUAUUCAUGUAUGUUCAAUGAAAUUUGUGUGUUUAUGUACUUGUAAUCUCAAAUUCAUGUAAUUUUUAAAAUAAAAUCCCGAACACUCA